GUCACGUGAAAGCGUGUUUCCGUUCGCAGGCAGCAGCUUCAGUCUGGUGUGGAGGAUGAGCUCAGGCAAUGGGACCAGGAGGAAAGUCCGCAAGCUGCAGCAUUUCAACAACAUGGUGGCGUUUGAUGCCGAAACGCUGGCUGAGAUUCAAGGUCUUUUUGGUAAAAUUAGAACCUAUGUGAAACCUUCCAGUGGGGAGUGGUGCAUCCCUGACCCAAAUGUCGCUCUCAGACACCCUGCGGAGGAGCACUGUCGGCUGCAGGCCCUGAAGGAAUCACUGAACGAUGUAAAGAACCAGCUCAGUGACAAGAACGUUCAAGUCUGGCAUCAGCACACCAACUCUACCAAUCGAGCCGGGAAGGUGAUCGCCACCGUACGUUCUGCUGCCAACGCAGAGAUCUGCACUCAGGCAUGGUGCAAGUUCUUCGAGAUCCUGGGAACCUUUAAUCUUCUUCCAGAGGAGGCUCUUCAAAAUGGAGAGCUGAACACAGUCCACCUGUGUGAAGCUCCAGGGGCCUUUAUAACCGCUCUGAACCACUACAUCAAAACCAGCGAGUCCACGCGCUACGUUGACUGGAGUUGGGCCGCUAACACUCUAAACCCGUACCACGAGGCUAACGGUGGCAGCACGACGAUCGCAGAUGAUCGGUUAAUUGCUAACACGCUGCCCUGGUGGUUCUUUGGCUCAGACAACACAGGCAACAUCAUGAUCCAGAAACAUUUGUUGGAGCUGCAGGCAUUUGUGGCUAACAUGCGUAGCGUUGAUGUGGUGACGGCAGAUGGUAGUUUUGACUGUCAAGAGAAGCCAGACGAGCAGGAAGCGCUGGUGGCGUCACUGCAUUACUGCGAGGCCACAGCUGCACUGCUGCUCCUGAGUCCCGGUGGCUCCUUUGUGCUGAAGAUGUUUACCCUGUAUGAACACUCCUCCGUCUGCCUUCUCUACCUGCUGAACUGCUGUUUCCGCUCUGUCAACGUCUUCAAACCCGCCACCAGCAAGGCAGGCAACUCUGAGGUUUACGUUGUUUGUCUGAACUAUGACGGGAAGGAAGCCGUGAGGCCUCUGCUCUCCAAACUGAUUCGUAACUACGGACCACAGCUGACUGACCGAGAGGCCCUUUUCCCAAACUCGCUUAUCCCAGAGUCGUUUCUGAAACAGCACGAAGAAGUGUGCUCGUACUUCCACACUCUGCAGGUGGAGACGAUCACAGAAAACCUGCGGCUGUUUGAGGGAAUGAGCCCCGAGCAGAGGCAGCGGCUUGACUACAUCAGGGACUGUAUGGCUCAGGAAUACCUGCAACGCUUCCAGGUGAGCUUCCUGCAGCGAAGUCGAUGGAUCUCUCGUAACACGGUGAGUCCCGCCUGCUGCAACGUCUCAGCGGGCCGACCUUUGGGACAGAAGAAGCAAACAGGCUCAUUCAAUGAGCGGAGGGAAUUGCAGACCCUGACCUGGAGGGAGCGCAUUGAGAGGGGUUGCCAUGCCACCUGGAUACAGAGACAUUGCACAGAGGCCGGUGGGACAGGCUGCACGCUCGAAGGACCCCUGACUGGGUGUCAUGUGGAUUCAUGGUAUGUUAUCAUCGGGGCUGCACUUCCUGCAGUCAGAAACUCUCCAUUCUGUGAGGGAGGAUUGUUAAACCACCUGAAUGAAGCCCUGAUGGACACAACAGUAGACUGGAAUCAUGUGCCUCCCUGUAACUCUUGCCAUGUGGCUUGCGUGGCGUCCAUCUUAUCCGAUGUUGCAAGUCUUUGCGUUUGUACAGCUGAGGGGGAUGGGAACAAAAAGCAGAGACAGUGUUUGGUGUUUGGCAGCCGCACAGUGUGGGGUCCCUGUGAAAGCCAACUGGGGGAUUUAGUCUUAACGUUUUCUGCAGAGCCUUCAGUUCCUCAAAGAGGCUGCAUGACGCUGCAUGAUGGGGAGCCGCUGUACCAGCAGCAGCUCUUAGGUUGUGUUGUGUUUUCCCUGCAGACCCUGAACUCUGGGGAUGCCCUGCUGCUCCCUGUGUUGUCUGCACUCACCCGCCUCACCGCAGCUGUUGUGCUCUGCCUGCAUGUUUGUUUUCGCUCUGUCACUUUCAGGUGUCCGCCCCCCUCAGGCUUCGUCGGGACAGUGCUGGUGUGUGUUGGCUUCUGCCCUGAUGCUGCAGCACGAAUACUCCCCAUUCUCACUGACGUCCAUAACAGCAUUGGUCAGUUGUUGAGAGGAAAGGAGGACUCAGGUAAAAAUCUGCCGUCUGGGUGUGACAGACAGGUGCUGCAGUUUGUUCCCAUGGAGGAACUGCUCAGGGGAGGACUGACUGAGUUUUUGCGGACCAUGAACUCUGAAAUCAUCCGACAGAAGCUGCAUUUGCUCAUGCAAUCAUAGUGCAGUGUAGUGAGCUGUGACUGCGGGGUACAUGCUAUCUCUACAGAAGCUGUGUCAUUAUGUCGCAGUCUGUUUUAUUCUCAUUGAAUGAGCAGACUGUUCAGCUACACUGAAUCAUUAUUGUAUGCACAUACUUAAAGAGUGCUCCACAGAUACAGCAUUGCACUGCUUUAACAUUGUCAGACUCACAGUGGACAGUUUCCAAAAUUGAUGCAGCAUAAGCCGAAACAUCAUCUUUUUUACUCCAUGCAUUUUAACCACAAUGCAACUCAAUCAUUCACACAUUAAUCAGAGGUUUGAGUGUGUUAUUCUAGUAGCAGCUAAUGUAGCCUCUAGCUGCUAGGCUCAAGCAGAGAUGAGUGGUGGCUACAGAGGUUUGGUAAGCUCCACAUCUCCAGAUUAGUUUUCAUUUUUAAACUUUUAGUUUUCAGUCCCAACUGAGUGCAUAAAUUGACAUUAUAUGUGCUGAUGUGUCUCUGACAAGCUGAAAUUCGACAAUAUUAUGUUGGUGAAGAUUCUCAGUCAUCUAGGUCAUGGUAAUCCGAAAUGCUAUAUCAUAGGCAACUGGACUUGCUUGAGUUUCUUGAAGACGUUUCACCUCUCAUCCAAGAGGCUUCUUCAGUUCUGAACUGAGAACUGAGAGGUGAAACGUCUUCAAGAAACUCAAGCAAGUCCAGUCGCCUACGUUAUAGCACUUAGGACAGACAAUAAUAACCACCACACCGAUGUAUCAGUUGGGCUUUGAUGCAGAGGUCCAACCUGUGAUGUUAGAUCAAGGUUCCUGCGCAUCCUUAGAAAGUUUUAAGAGGCACUGAAUUAUUAAUCUAAAAAUAAGGCCUUGAUUCAAUGUUUUUUAUGUGUUCCACUCUAGAAAGUUUUAUUUUUCUAUUUAGCAUUUAUAGUUGAUCAUCUAAAUUUUAAACAUGUCUAAAAAAAUCAUGAUUUAUAUUACACUAAACAUUUGGGCAAAAUUGUUGUUGUAAAAUAUGUUGAUUCUUUAGCUUUUUCACCUCAGUUUUGGUUGUUGUAAAAAUGGCCUUAAAUUUCAUACCAAGUGCCAUUAAAAAAAUCUUAAAUUGACUUAAAUCAAACUUGCCUAAAGCUGUAGGAGCUCUGUAAACACUGUAACGAUAGCCUUCACAUCACUAGUUAAAGACAUCCUUAUUAUGUCAGUGCCAACAAAAUAACCAUGUGCUACACACAAAGCUUUUGUCAACCUGCAGGCGAGAACAACUGAUGAUACAAACUUGCAGUGCAUGAAAAUGCAAAUUACUUUCAGGACUUGAUCAGCAGAACUCAUGUGUGACUGAAUUCACCGAGGAUUUUAGGGAGGGUGAAUAAACAGUAGUCCAACCCUCGGCAGCAAACCUCCUGUCAGUCACAGAUGGUUUGUGUUGAAAUCCCCCUCACAGAGACCCUGGAGUUUUACUCUGAAGUGCCUUUUGUGGUUUACAGCACAUUAUUUCAUCCGAGGAUGUUGAGGAUCUUUUUGUAUUUUGCUGUCAUGCAGCUAAUUGGUGGCUUCCUGAUUCACAAUUUAUUUCACUAUUUUGUGUCAAGUAAGAAAAAUUCUGUCCCCAUAUUAAAGGGCAGUCUGUGUGCAUUUAUACUAUAUGAGCUACUAACUGAGGAGCUGUUGAGAAAAGAAUCAUCUAUUAGCUUCAGUAAAAAUAUGCUGUAUUUGCCUAUUUGUAGUUUUUUAUUUUUGGUUUAUCAUGUCAGUACAGUGUAUUGAGGAGUUUAUUUUCUUACACAAACAGAAUAAAAAUGUGCACUAACAAAUGACAUGAAGUUUUCUGUUCACCGAGGCAUCUGAGAGGUCUCAAUAUCACGUGGAAAUCUGUAUAUUGGUUGAAGCCUGGGCUGCGUUCAGCCCCGACAAAACGUAGCAAAACAUUUAAUUAAACAGAGAAGGUGGUGCCUUAAACAUGCUGUUUUGUUACGGCGGCACUCUGCUUUUUAAUAUGGUGGGGUUUAAUUCAAUUUUAAUCAAAGGAACUGUAUUGGCAUGGGGAACAUACUGUAUGUAAAGAUUGCUAAAGCAAGUGUGAAAUUAAAAUAAGAAUUAUACAAUAAGGAUGGAUCUGCUAGAAUUUGGUUAAUGUAAAUGUCACUGCUGACUGCUGACACCCACCAAACAAGAAAACUUACCUCAAAGCCUUUUUCAAACUGUUUUGAGGAAAUGUUCCAUCUGGAAAAUGUAACUAAACAGUGCACAUCAUCAUAUUCAAUUUUCAAAUGUUCAAAGUGACUGAAUAACCCUCUUUGAAAUAACACAAUGUGCUAGAGUCAAAUUUAGGACUGAUAUGAAGAAUAGUUCAUUUCAUUUCCUGGCUGAAUUCUGAUUAUUCAAAAGAAAUUCAGGAGUUUUACAAGAAAAGCUUGUGAUUUAUUUCUGUGUAACACAGUAGAAAAUAGCUUCAGAUACUGUUUCAGAAACAAAGCUGUAAGUCUAUCACCUCCUGUAAAUCCUGGCGGGCCGUAACGUUCAUCUGGGUUGUUCAUUACGCACUGGAACACAAAGCUGAAAGAUGGAUGAAAACUGGAGUGACACCUUUGCUAUUCUUAGAUCCUCAGCAGAGGCACUUCUCAUGCAGGUGCACUGGAGAAUACUUUUAUUGAUCCAACACUAAUUUCAAGUGAUUCCUUGAUUCUGAACUCUCGUGGAGUCUGUUGUCUGUCUGACGGUCAUCUGAGGACUUAAAUACUCAGCUUUUAUCACUGACUAGUGACAGCAAGUGCUCAAGAUAUUUAUAUACAUAUUUAAUAGACCACUUACCAACUCUGCAAACUACUCUGAACCUUUAAGGUAUUGACCCAAAUAACCCAGUGCCAAGGAAUAUUGAACCUUCUCCAA